GAAGAAACGGCGAAAAGCGAUGAGGAAUUUGGUGUCAGGAUCUCAGGGGUGUGCCCCUUCUGACGUGACGGCCCGCGGAGCCACCGCACAGCGGAACCCGCUGAUGCGCUUUGCUCACGCUGUGAUGCAUGACCCUCUCAGGACACAGCAGGUGGGGCACAACCAUACGCAUGAGCCGCUCAUGCCUCAAGAUUCAUGUGUUUGCCUCUGUGUGUGUGUGUGUGUUUUGUUUAAAUCUUUGUGUUGUCUGUCUGUCAGAUUCGCGAGGGGUACCAUCGCCACCCUCUCUCGUCAGGAGGCAAGCUUGCCUCCCCCGAGGAUGUCCACCCAUCGGCUGUCGACGAGUUCAAGCAGCCACAGCAGCACACACCACCCGAGGCGCUCGAUGCGGCGUGGAACGAUGCGUCCACCUACAGGCACCCACCGCCAUACCCCCUGCCCCACGCACACGCCCAUGCGCCGCCAAUCGGUCUGCCGAUGCAUCAGCAGCUGGAGGGGCUGGUGAGAGCGCAGCAGCAUGGCCCUGGUGCGGUGAACGAGCUGGAUUUCUUCUCGGCGUACCAGCAGCAGCAGCAGCGGCAGAUGCGGGAGGAUGUGGGGGCAUCACGGCCGAGCGACGCGCCCGCACCGAGUGUGCAGCAGGAGUAA